AUGCAGGUCGUGUGUGACUUCGCGCACCUGAAGAUGCUGCACGGGACGGUGCCCAUCGGGAAGAUCAUCUACACAAAUCUGAAGGAACUGGCGAAAAACCAGGAAUACCGCUUCGAUGGAGAAAUAGAAAAUUUCUCCAAGUUGAGAGAAAAAAUAAUAACGAUGCAAAGCAAAGGUAUUAACGGAAAUUUGCUAAAAUUGUACAAGGAGUAUUUAUUUUACUUCGAGACAUUUCGGAAGAAAAAUUUAUUGAAGGAGAAGAAAAAAUUGCAAUGGACGAACGAUGCAUUUGAUGAGUAUAAAAGAAUGGAGUACGAAUUUGAGAAGGAACACAUUUUGAUCAUAUUUAACAUAGGCCUUGUAGCAGCGGCUAUGUUAAAAAUGAAAAAAAAUUCCGAUGACGUAAAAAUGUUGAAUAGAAUGUCCAAGGACGUGGUGGAGAUAUUUAAUUAUUUAUUUGUAAACAUGAAUGAGGAUAAAAUUUCAGAGUUACCAGACAUAAACUGCCUAACUUGUUACCUAUUUUUGUGUAUAUCUAUGGCGUAUCAUGAGAAUAUGUUUUACAACACAGCUCUGGCGAAGAAGUACAAGCGGAACUUACUGGCAAAGCUUUCUUUCAAUAUACACUGUCAUUUUAAGAAUGCAUUGCACUGUUUAGAGGGGAAGGAAUUGCAUUUAUUUUUUAGAAACCCCUCGAAAUUUUCCUCCACUGCGGAGAUAAGAUCAAGUUUGCAGCAUAUAAGAAGUAGUAACAGUCCAUUUUACAAUUUUGUCAAAGUGAACAAAAUUAUUUUUAUUUGUAUUAGCAAUUUCCACACGGCUCUAAAAUACGCCACUGUUCAUUCGGAGACGUUAGAGGAUAAUCUAAAAAUUGAAAAAUACGAUGUAGACAAAAUUGGGGAAAUUAUAUGUAGACUCAAGUACAGUCAGGAGAACGUUGAAAGAUGUGUAGACCUUUGCAGGAAGUACAACUUUAACAUUAACCUCACCUCAUUGAAGGAGAAAAUUCAAACAGCGAUAGAAUACUUCGAAUACGAAAAUAAGAAUAUAUAUUUUGAAGUUAUUCCUAGUUAUGAGAAUCUGAGCGAAAUAAAAGGCACUUCCGAAGUGAUCAAACUGAAGGAGAUAGACGUGUCUUCCAUUUACAUCAAGACGGAUAACAUUUCUUGCAGCUUGAAAUUACUCUUUAAUGAGAAAGCAGAGCUAGUUUACAAUCUAUACAAUAAAGAAGCUAUCCCUUUAUAUGGUACGUUUUACAAGCAAUUUUUAAGCCUACAGGAUCAGUACAAGUUGAUCAAUUUGAGUUACCGAAAAAAUGUGCUCCUCACCCUGCACAACGUUAUCAUCAGCACGUAUAGUAAAAUUACCAACCUGCACAGGCCUACUAAUUUUGAGAGCAAUUUAACUUUUUUGCAAAACAUGGAACAGAAUUUGAAGGAAAUUUUAACUCAAGUAGAGAACAGCUUAACUGCGGAACAUACUAACCAUGUAGAAUUUCAGAGGAAAUUUCUAAACGUAGGAAUUAAUCAGGAAUCUGUUAAUUCAUAUAAUUCCUUUUUGUACCAUUUAAAUAUUUUUAAAAAAUCAUUGGAAGAAAUUCACACCAGUGUAGAAUCCUUUCGAAAGUUUCUUCAGGACAAUCAGGUCCACUUUCACAUUUGCCAAAUGGAUCCUUCCACCUUUGCCAAGUACAUCGUCGAUGAGUUGAAUACAUGCACUAAUGUGAAAAUUGAUUCUCUAGACCGUGAGUAUAUGCACUAUAAGAAUUUGCUCUCUGAGGAUAGGGAUAAUGAGACGAACUCAGUCAGCAGCAUUGGUGAUUUGUCUGAGGUAUCCAGUACGACUGCACCAUCUUUGAAUUACUUCGAUUUCCAUGUCUUCCUCAAGAAUCACAAUUUGACUUAUGGUGCACAGAAUAGCAACGGCGUUAGUGAGAAGAAUCUCUUUCAUUAUGACGCCGUGAAUAACUACAUCAAUGUUCACUCGGAGGAGAAAAUGUUUUUUGUCAUACUUGCCAUUUACUUUUCGCUGAGCAUACAACUGACCGCUUUUGGCGCCGACCUGGAGGAGCUCAAGAGCAGCAUGCACGAUGUCUUCCUCAACUCGAUCUCGGAGGAACGGGACGAAGACAAGCUAAACGACCUGCUGCAGAAGCAGAAAGCUGCCCUCAGUGCGAAGAAAGCCAAACUGGAGGAGAGCGUUACAUCCUUCGAGAAAAACCUUAACCAGUUCUAUGACUAUUAUCACGAGUACAACAAGUUGGACUACUUUAAGACGAUCGAGGACCUGAACACCUUCACCAACGACCUCAUGGGCACCGUCGAAAGGCUGAACGAAAUGAACAAGAAGCAUUCCUACACGUUGAAGAACUCGCUUGUGUUUAAGGACGACAUAAACAGAUAUAUAUACAUGCGCGAAAGCGAGCGCUCCACUAUUAGAGUGCAGCAAAUUCCAAAUGGCUACUCCCGAAACAUCCACAACAGCCACCAGCACUUUUACUAA